AUUUGCUGCAAACGUAAUGUGAUUACAAGGAAUGACCCAAAUAUUGGUGCAAUCAGUGAGCGGUUGAGUGAUUAAGACAUUUCAUGUGUUAUCAGUGAUAAUGUGCUGAUCUUGUGCUCAAACAAUGCAUUCAAAUGACAAUAAUUUCAAUCAUUUUAAUGUCAAUCAAAACCAAAACCAUUUGAUUGGCAAUGAAAACAUAGCCAUGUCUUCACUGAGGGGUGGAUCAGGUGUUGCGCCACCACUUCCUCCGCGUCCCAACCAAUCCGUAGCCAAUAUGUAUCGCACCGGCGGUUAUGGCUCUGGCUAUGGGUUUGGGUCCCAAUUUGGUGGCUAUUCACCCGUCUAUUCAUACAAUGGUUUGUCUGGUUUGGGCGGCUAUGGUAUGAAUCGCUACAGCAAUCCAUAUCUGGGAACCAAUGGUCCGGAGAGUGAUUGGAUGCGAUUGGCGGACGAUCGGUGCCGACAGACCCUGGAGUCGGUCGAGUCGGUGGUGCAGGCCUUCGGGUCGGUGUCCCUCAUGUUGGAGUCCACCUAUCAUGCCGUCAACUCCUCCUUCAGGGCAUUCAUCGGAGUCGCCGAUCACUUCUCACGACUCAGACACCAUUUGACACAUAUAUUGUCGACACUCGCUAUCAUCAGAACAUUCAAAUGGAUUGUCACAAGAAUAUUGUCUUUAAUUGGUGUUCGAGUGAGGGAUCAAAACCAAGACCCAAAUGAGAGGGCCUGGAGUCAGGCCUCCAAUAACUCCAAUCCCAUUGAAUCCCAUUUGACAGCCGACGGCACCUUUGAUUCAUUAAAAGGCGACAAUUUGUCGUCAAGAGGUGGUCCGUGGCCUACCAUUGUAUUCUUCACUGUAAUACUGGGCACGCCAUGGCUUCUGUGGAAACUCAUGUCCACAAUGGCUGCAAGUGAGAGGACAGUUUCAGAGAAGUGGGCGAUGGGUGAGGGCGAGCACUACGAGGCCACAGCUCUCUAUGACUUCCAUUCAGACAUUCCUCGUGAGGUGUCAUUCACUGUCGGCCAGAAGAUUAUUGUGGCGCCAAAGGAAUUACAGCCGAGAGUGAGGGGAUGGCUAUUAGCGACAAUUGAUGGCCAGAAAGUGGGUCUCAUUCCAGCCAAUUAUGUGAGAAUAGUUGGCUGUCGUAACCCUAAAACACAACAAUAAAGCCUC